AUGCUGCUGAAACAGCUGAAGCAGGCAAUACCGAGACCGAACAGACCGAGGAGACACAAAUUGCUAACGCCGAAUCUGCAACCGAUUUGGAGCAACACCCUACACGUGCCACGUCUGAGACGAGCUCCGAUCUUCCCAGCAGAAAAGGAGCCUGUGAAAGGAGUGGUGCCGGUGAAAAAGCAGUCUCCAGUAAAGAAGGAGCAGUCGGUCAAAAAGGAAGGGGUGGCAGUCAAGAAGGAGGCGCCAGCCAAGAAGGAAGGGAUGAUAUUCAAGAAAGAGACAGUAGCAGCCAAGAAGGAGGUGGUUCCGGAAACGCAGGUAACACCAAAUUCACCUUCGCCAGCCACCAGUCUCAAGAAAGAAGAGGUAACGAAAAAGGAAGCAACGCGUGAGAAAAAGGAGGGACCGGCGAAGAAGGUUGCGCAGCCAAAGAAGGAGAAGGAACUAACGAGGGAAGUAAUACGCCCGAAGAAAGAAAAGGAGCCUGUGAAAGGAGUGGUGCCGGUGAAAAAGCAGUCUCCAGUAAAGAAGGAGCCGUCGGUCAAAAAGGAAGGGGUGGCAGUCAAGAAGGAGGCGCUAGUCAAGAAGGAAGGGAUGAUAUUCAAGAAAGAGAAAGUAGCAGCCAAGAAGGAGGUGGUUCCGGAAACGCAGGUAACACCAAAUACACCUUCGCCAGCCACCAGUGAGUCUUCUGAAUCGCCAGCUGUAGUAUUUAAGUUUAUGGUACCAGGAAAAGUCGCAGCACAGGUUCCAUCCCAAGCGACUUCUGAGAACAAGAAAGAAGUGGUGGCCAGCACUGAAGGUAUGCUGGAUGACGAUGAGCCGGUGAUUGUGUCUGGACCUGCCUGCCAGGCACUGGAAAUUAUCCGAGCCAAAGGACUGCUUAACAGCGGCGCCAAAACUGAGAGGGAGAAUGAAAUAAUCCGACUGUAUUUCGCCGGAAAAGGGGCUCGCGAGCAGGAGCAGGAAGCCCAUCAUGCAAUCGAGAAAGCCAUUGAUCUGGCCGUAACGCGGGCGAAAAGUGAAGCGGGCAUCACUGGUAGCUUAUACGAUUUUCUCACCUAUAAUCGAUCCAAUGCCAUCGCACUAAUGAUUGACGCCAUGAAAUACCAGAAAAAAGAUUUUUUACCGGACGUUUGGGAUACCGACCGGAUGCCAAAAAAAGUAAUGCUGCUCGUUCUUCUUUUCGUUGUUUCUUCACCAGAAAAUAGUGUCAGUGCCUAA